AUGGCUUAUCAAACGCCGUUGUUUUGCGGUGCGGCUUCGACUAAUAGUAAUUUCGGCAUUCUUUGGAGGUUUGGUAGUAGUGCUAAAUCGCCGGUAUAUUUCGAGAGUGGCUACGGGAGUCCCCGCAUGGCAACUGUUUAUUCAAGCCCUAAAUAUGUGGACGUAGGAUGGGACGUUUGGAUUGGGAUCGCCAAGGUGACGGGCGAGUCUGCUCUACCGAAUCAGCGCAGUGCCGGGUUGAUCGGCUACGUUUGGGCCGAUGUUAUGUUGCUCCUUGCACUGUGCUUCCAUAAAUGGUCACUACAGCUUUGUGGUCUAUGGGACUACGUCCAAGUUGCCGAUCCACGGGAUCAAGAUGCGGCUAUUUUGGUGCUACGCGAGGGUUUUGGUAUCCCGGACUCUGUUGACGACGCCGAAACAGAGGGAGAGUCACUCUCACAGCACACCUCCGAAUGGGGUCUCCCUCCGCGGUUAGCAGCAACACCUACCACGCUGGUGCGAGGCGAUACGGUUUAUCAAAGUAUCUGUUCAUCGAGUGCCAGCGACAUCGACUACGUUAGCGCCGUGUCAACGACAAUAGGCUCCUUCGCUGAUAUCAAUGGCGUGCCCUUGAGAUCAGUUGGUUAUGCUGAGCUCAGUCGGUAUGCUACAUCCCGUUACAUGUGCAAUGAGGAUGUGCAGGGUCGCUGUGUCCCUGCUGGUUCAUCAGACCUACUCGGGGUCAACGGACUCCUCGAUGGCUAUCGCAGAAUGCGCUGGCUCUCCCAGCAGGUGUAUGCCAACAAGGAGACUCUGAGAUUCUCCCAAACCGACUCUGAUCACACAGUUGGAGACGAAUCAACCACGAGUAACCACACUGAUUGGUUGUCCAGAAUUUAUCAUUACUUGGAUCCAUUCGCUGCGCACAAG